CCUCCACCUUCGGACUUGCUCUCCGCAGAUAUCCACGGACUUCCCCUGACCGCCAUGGCGUCCCCGACUUCCCGCGAUGCCACCGUGGACUACAAGGGCUUGGGUCACCAGAAGGCCCAGCCAGAGGCCCGCACUUCCCGCAAGUGGUACUUGGUUGGCGCUGGCCUGGCGCUGCUUGGGGUGGCCGGGGUGGCAGCGAAAGCGGCCCACUCCGGUGGUGCAUUGUUUUCCUCGAGCUCAUUGAGAAGUACCAUACAGGAGGCUCAGACAUGGGAGGAGCUGCCCGACAUUGACAAGGUCAUCCGCAAG